AUGCGGCACAGUGUCAAUGAGUUUUGGGUGAAUCUUUGUAAGUCAAUCCAACUUUGCUGUGAUGCUGGCGACUUUCGAGGUAUGUACCAGGGCAUUAAAUGUGCAAUGCGCCCGUCUGGCAGGAAGAAAGUAGCUAUUAAAGACAUCUUCGGUAAUCCUAUAACCGAGAAGCACAAACAGCUAGAGAGAUGGGCUCAGCAUUAUUCCACUCUUUACUCUAAAGAAGUUAGUAUUAGACCAGAAACACUACAGUGCAUACCAAAAUUUCCUAUAGCUACAGAACUUGAUGAGGUUCCAUUAUUCGACGAUGUCUAUUUCUUAAUGGACUCAAACUUGGCAAAAGUACAGGCCAUGAUAACCUGCCUGCUGAACUGCUAA